GUGCACGGCCCUCUCUCGGCAGUCGGGUCCUCGUGUCAGUGCACAGUCUGUGUGUGGUACGGCGAGCAGCGGAGGAACUGGGUUUACCCGACAGCAAGCUAGUAGUAUAUUUCACAACGGCCGACAUUUUCAAAAAAUCAACCCGGUUAUUCGCCAAAAAAUAAUCUUUGGACUUACUGGAAGAGUCGUGCACUGCUAUUGGAUCUAAUAUAGGCUUUAUUUGAAGUUGUCUGCGGUCAGCAACUCGUCCCACUCGAGGGCUUUACAACGUCCGACCGGACGGAGAGACGCUCUCCGCCUCGGGAUCACCAGGGUUUUAAGAGACUCUCAAGGGGCAAAGAAGAAGAAGAAGAAGAAGAAGAAGUAUAUGAUAAAAAGAAACGGCGACGGACAUUUUCCGCCCUUAUCGCACUGUGGUGACGGUUACAAGUCAAGGAUAUUAAGCUUUGUGUCUGGAUACUAUUUUCUUUUUUACCUGUGCAAAGGAGAGGGGAGGAAUCAGCCCAGACAAAGGUACAAAAGAGAGGCCGACGAGGUGAUAGAUCCAGUGGUCGGAGUCUGAGUGUGCGCCUCGCAGUCGAUAACAGGGCUUUGUCAGCCGCCAUCCUGCGCAUACAGGGGAGGGGGUGGCGGUGAUUUACCGCACCUUCACUGGGAUUACGGAAAGAGAGAAAACACGCCGAAUUCCCUUGUGUAAAGGACGCGACAUGUAUCCACAAGGCCGGCAUCCGGCACCUCACCAGCCAGGGCAGCCCGGCUUCAAGUUCACUGUGGCAGAGUCCUGCGACAGGAUCAAAGACGAGUUUCAGUUCCUGCAGGCCCAGUACCACAGCCUUAAAGUGGAGUACGAUAAACUGGCCAAUGAAAAGACAGAGAUGCAGCGUCACUACGUCAUGUACUAUGAGAUGUCCUAUGGGCUCAACAUUGAGAUGCACAAACAGACUGAGAUAGCCAAACGUCUCAAUGCAAUCCUGGCUCAGAUCAUGCCAUUCUUGUCACAAGAGCAUCAACAGCAGGUGGCUCAGGCUGUUGAGAGAGCCAAGCAGGUGACAAUGACCGAGCUGAAUGCUAUCAUCGGGGUACGUGGACUUCCCAAUCUGCCUCUCACUCAGCAGCAACUUCAGGCUCAACACCUCUCUCACGCGGCCCACGGCCCCCCAGUCCAGCUGCCCCCUCACCCUUCAGGCCUGCAGCCACCCGGCAUCCCCCCUGUGACGGGCGCUGGCUCCGGCCUACUGGCUCUGGGUGCUCUUGGCAGCCAGGCCCACCUGCCUGUAAAGGAUGAGAAGAACCACCAUGACCUGGAGCACAGAGGCCCCUCAUCUUUUCACUCGCCCCUGGCCAUUCCUCUGAAAGAACGCGAGUCGAGCACGAAUAACUCAGUGUCGCCAUCAGACAGCCUGCGGGCGGCGAGCGAGAAACACCGCAGCUCUUCAGAUUAUGGUCUCGACUCCAAGAAGCGCAAAGUGGAUGACAAAGACAGCAUGAGCAGAUAUGACAGUGACGGAGACAAAAGCGACGACCUGGUGGUGGAUGUUUCCAAUGAGGAUCCCGCCACCCCUCGAGUCAGCCCUGCUCACUCUCCUCCAGAAAAUGGCCUGGAUAAAUCACGAGUCCUGAAGAAGGAUGCUGCCCCAAACAGCCCCGCCUCUGUCGCCUCCUCAGGCAGCACGCCGUCCUCCAAAGCAAAGGACCAUGCCCACAAUGACAAGUCGUCCACACCGAGCCUGAAGUCCAACACACCUACACCGAGAAAUGAGGCCCCGACACCAGGAACCAGCACCACUCCAGGACUGCGCCCUCUUACAAUGGGCAAACCACCUGGUAUGGAGGCGUUAGCUGCCCCUGCCCUGCGUACACCUCUGUCCAUAGCGGGUUCGUAUGCCAGCCCAUUUGCUAUGAUGGGUCAUCACGAGAUGAACGGAUCGCUGACCAGCCCAGGCGUCUAUCCUGGUCUCAUCUCACCACAGAUGAGUGCUGCAGCUGCUGCAGCCUACGGUCGCUCACCAAUUGCAGGGUUUGACCCUCAUCCUCACAUGAGAGCUCCAGGCCUGCCAGCCAGCCUCACGUCCAUUUCUGGAGGAAAACCAGCUUAUUCUUUUCAUGUGAGUGCGGAUGGUCAGAUGCAGCCCGUGCCCUUCCCUCCAGAUGCACUGAUAGGCCCGGGCAUCCCGCGACACGCUCGUCAGAUCAACACACUGAGCCACGGGGAGGUGGUCUGCGCUGUGACCAUCAGCAACCCCACACGUCACGUCUACACCGGCGGCAAGGGUUGUGUCAAGAUCUGGGACAUCAGCCAACCAGGCAGCAAGAGCCCAGUGUCCCAGCUCGACUGCCUGAACCGGGACAAUUACAUCCGCUCCUGCAAGCUGUUGCCUGACGGCCGCACCCUGAUAGUGGGUGGCGAGGCCAGCACGCUGACCAUCUGGGACCUGGCCUCACAAACGCCCCGCAUAAAGGCCGAGCUCACUUCCUCUGCUCCAGCCUGUUACGCACUGGCCAUAAGCCCUGACGCCAAGGUCUGCUUCUCCUGUUGCUCAGAUGGAAACAUCGCUGUGUGGGACCUCCAUAACCAGACCCUUGUUAGGCAGUUCCAGGGCCACACAGAUGGAGCCAGCUGUAUCGACAUCUCCCAUGACGGAACCAAGCUGUGGACCGGAGGGCUCGACAACACCGUCCGCUCCUGGGAUCUGAGGGAGGGACGGCAGCUUCAACAGCACGACUUUACCUCACAGAUCUUCUCGCUGGGCUACUGUCCCACUGGAGAAUGGCUGGCUGUGGGCAUGGAGAGCAGCAACGUGGAGGUGCUUCACCACACCAAGCCUGACAAGUACCAGCUGCACCUGCACGAAAGCUGCGUCCUCUCACUCAAGUUCGCCUACUGCGGCAAAUGGUUUGUGAGCACAGGGAAGGACAAUCUGCUGAAUGCGUGGAGGACUCCUUACGGUGCCAGCAUAUUCCAGUCGAAGGAGUCGUCCUCCGUCCUGAGCUGUGACAUCUCGGCAGAUGACAAAUACAUCGUGACAGGUUCCGGUGACAAGAAGGCUACUGUCUACGAGGUCAUUUACUAGACAGAGAGGAGGUUCCCGCUCUGCUUCAGCACUUCUAAUGAGAUGACUUUUACUCCCACCCCACCCCCCACUCCCGGCCAUCCAUCUGUGGACUACAACGGGCCGAGACUAACUACAGAUCUGGACAAAUUAAUUGGAGGAAAUGGAUGCAGAUGUUGGCCUCAGGAUGCCUGUACUGGAAAGAAGUUAACUUUUUUUUUUUUUCCAAUCCUUUUUGUUUUGGAGGGUGUAUUUUUGGGUUACACAGUUCUUGUUUUUUUGGGGAGGGAUUUUUGAAUUUUUGUCUGUUAUUCCGUGAAAAUACUUGGGUUUGACCCAAUGAAGCGGCGCUUCAUCUCCGAAAUCCUCGUUCCCCAGACCUCUUGUGAAAAGUGUACAUAUCGGAUUAAAUAAAAGACAUUUUAUAUAUAUAUCAUAGAAAUAUAUAUAUAUUUUCAUGUCCUGGGUGUACUUGUGAUGAUUUUUUUUGACCCACUCUGUCUUAGGCCUGAUAUUUGAGUGGGAGAGCAGAACAUAGAGUAGAACUUUUUAACAAUUUUACCUUUUGAUUUUUCUUAAAGCACACUGUCCAGGCUGACUUUUUCAGAAAUUAAACCGAGAAGCAUGGAACUUGUAAGUCGGACAUGAUUUUUUUAUUUUAUUUUUUUUUUUUUUUGAGAUUUUUAAAUGGCCUUUUGUCACAGUGCUCUUACCGGACAAUGAAAACGUGGAGUCCUUCUCUGACUGUGGCAGAACUUCAGCCGCUUCGGACCACUUUGGAUCCGAGCAGGACGCUGUGAUUCAGAGAAAAAGAUGGAUGUAAAUUUAAUUCUCACACACACAGAUACACAAACACACACACACACACACAUAUAUAUAUAUAUAUAUAAAUAUAUAUAUAAGACCUUUUUAAAGUGUACGUCCCUGUCUGUGCUAUCUUUCUCCCUGUUUGUUUUACCUUGUUAGAUUAUGGGAGAUAGGGAAACGUUUAAUGUUUAGCCUAACCCUUGGACCUCAGUUGACAGCAGAAGCACUGCAGCAGGCACAAACUGAGUGACAAUGUGUUUUUGUUUUCCUAACUUGACGUAAUAUGGACGUUGAAUUGCACCAUCGAUUUCUUGGCUUCAGACUAAACUCAAACAGUCCAAUCUGUGCUAUUGGAAUCCUUCUGCCCCCUUGUAUCUUAUCAAUCUUCCUGGAAUAUGUUUGGUCGGUCAUGAUGGGCAGAGGCAGACAGAUGUGUCAAAGCUCAUGAGAAAGGAGGUAAUGGCAACAGAAAAACACGUUGAGGUUACGACAACAGUGAAUAAUUUUGGUUUGUACGCUGUGCUCCUGAUCCUGUCAGCAUUUCCCACGACAAAAUAAAAGGGGCGAAAUGUGCCCGUCCCUCCGUAUCACACCAAAGUAUGUAGCAAAUGCUGUCAGCACUGAAAAGAAAUGUACAGUUGUUAAUAAAUCAAUAAAACAGUUUUUGUAGAAU